AUGCCAUUAACUGGAGAAAUAUUCAAGAUAGGGCAUGUAUUAAGCGAAUUUUACCAAAACAGAUGGCCACCGUACGUCCUGGAGCCACCCAAUUGCUUCGACCAAGUUUACGUUGAAGAUGAAGUGAAGAACUUGAGUGACAUCAGCCAGUCUUUGGUAGCAUCACAUUCCAAUCACUUUGUAACCGUGCGUCUAUAUAGUUCACUUGCAGGACCAUACGAGACCCUGCGCCAGACCCCGCCGUUGGAGUGCCGAUGUGUCACCAUCAAGGGCAUCGUGCUGUCUACCAUCCAGAUCGAGAACUACUACUCCAAGUAA